UAGGUACAGCUUAACUUUUAUGAACAUUUGCCUUUGUUUUUUAUUUCACAAUUUCCAUUCCUUUGCUUUACUUGUAUAUGAGAAAAGCUAGCGGAAAAGCGGUGAGAGCUUUGUAAACUUGCGGCGUAUAUUUCGGCAUUAAGCAACACCAAAUGAGAGAUAUUUUGCAAUGCUCUCUUUGAAAGCGAUAGUGGUGAAACUUAUUUUUUUGUCACAGUUAUUUUUAAGAAUAUGAAUGUUAUUUCAUCUCGAAACAGGGUUGCCAGCUUGCUUUUGUACUGCGCGGUGAAUAUUGUAGUCAAAAUUACUGAAAUUGUUAAUUCCUGCCAUUGGAGAAAUAUACCUGAGAAUCCAGUACCGUUUUCAGGUAAAUGACAGAUGUUGGUGUUGGACGUUCGGAUCCCUUAAGAUGUCCUGCGACUGAACGCAGCUGCAUUUACUGUCUUCUUUAGAGACAUAAUUUGAAAAUCAAUGUAUUGGUAAGGCUUUUACAUGUUGCAAUAGUCAGAACUAUGUUAGUAAAAUCGCCCUAUUUUCUUAACUGUUACGCAGGCGACACAAUCAAUCAAAAACGUUCGUUAAUCACAGGCGGAAAUUACAAUUUUCCAGUUGCUCGGAACCGUUCCCAGGUAGCCAGCCGUCGUCUCCCAGUUUCUAGGAGCUACAAACAUCAUAAAUAAAUGAGCCAAGGAAAUGGUUUCGCUUCAUUCAUAAACCAGAAAGCCCAGAAAGGGUCGCCGAUCAACGAAUAAUUAAAUCCCGAGGGCCCCAAGGAGCAUUCUAGCAGUAUGACAGGGGAGAAGGAGGCCAGUCUGGAUAACGGCCAGGCGACGGCCACCUCAACGCCCAGCAAACCAAAGGCGCAGCGUCAGAAGACACCAGCCCGUCGGCGGCAAAACGACAGCGAUGUAGCCGGUGGUGUGGGAAUCACCGGCGGAGGAGUCGUAAUCCUGCCGCAGAACGUGCUCAACGAACUCUACCAUAACUACUCCAUUAAACAGCGCCGCAGCGGUCUAAAGUGGUUCCUCUUCGCCGCCGUUCUUUUUAACAUCUGGACCAUCGGAAUUCCCUGGGAUCAGGCGGUCCCAACAAGAGUGGUCAACUGCUGUAUGCUGGUGGCGUACUUGGCCUUAACAGCUCUUCUUCACAUUGGUCGGCGUUCCGAGAAACCGUCAUUGUUGCGCUUCCACCAAAUACUCCUAACUAUUGUGCCACGGGCUCUGUGGUUGCUAAGCAUUCUUCACUUUGCCGCCUAUGUUUUCUUGCAGCCUAGCUUCUCUCCAAGAGACCUUCUUGGCUGGGCCAUCUUACUAAACUUCCUGGUCUAUGUAACGCUGCCAUUGCCAUUGAUUUUCCUUGGGCUGUCGAUUGGAUGUAUCACGUAUUUUAUUUGUCUCAGCCUGCCCGUGGCUUACUCUGGCGGGGAUUCGCUGAUCCCAAAUCAGUUGGCGGCCAAUGCGGUUUUAAUAGCUACAGCAGCGCUGAUAGGGCUCCUAUACUACUUUAUGGGCGAGGCCAAGCAGAAACGAGCCUUCCUCGAGGCCAAAAAGAGCCUCGAAGUGAAAAUGGUCAUUGAGGAACAGUCGGCCGAGCAGGAGCGUUUGCUCUUGUCUGUUCUGCCAAAGCACGUGGCCAUUAAAAUGCGGGAGGAUUUGGGCUCAUCUAGUUCCGAGGCUUUUAAAAAGAUAUAUAUGAGUCGGCACGAGAAUGUGAGCAUACUAUAUGCGGAUAUCGUUGGUUUUACCGCCAUCUCGUCUACAUAUAGCGCCCAAGAUUUGGUUAAAAUGCUUAACGAGCUCUUCGCACGCUUCGAUAGGCUUGCCGAGAAAUAUCAGCAACUGCGCAUCAAGAUUCUUGGCGAUUGCUAUUAUUGUAUUAGCGGUGCCCCCGAUGAGCGUCCGGAUCACGCCGUCAUGUGCGUGCACAUGGGACUCUCCAUGGUGAAGGCCAUCAAGUAUGUGCAGCAAAAGGCCAACUCACCUGUUGAUAUGCGUGUGGGAAUUCACACGGGAGCUGUGCUCGCCGGCAUUCUCGGCCAGCGGCAGUGGCAGUUUGACGUUUACUCCAAGGACGUAGAGCUGGCUAAUAAAAUGGAAUCGAGCGGCAAGGCUGGACGCGUACACAUUUCGGACAAAACGCUGGCCUUUCUCAAAGGCGAAUUUGAAGUGGAGCCCGCCUUUGGAGAAAAACGGGAGGAGCUGUUGCGCAUCGCUGGACUUAAAACCUAUUUCAUCACCAAGGUGGUUAAACCGUUUGCAUCGCCUUGUGCCAAGAAAAUCAAUGAAACGCAAGAUAUUAACUCCCACCACAGUCCUAAUGGAUCGACCAAUGACGUCUUGGCAGGUGAAGAUGAUAACGAUGCUACAUUGGAUGAUGAGGAGCUCCUGGCGCAAAAUGCCGUAUCCAAUGGCCAUCAAAUAGGGGUGACUGAAGAUGAAGAAGAGCAGGUGAAAUUGGAGAACUUCAAGCAACGAUUGAAAGACGAACUGGUGACCCGCGAUGGACAUGAGAACCUCACCAAGGACACAAAUAUAUUUCUGCGCUUCAAGAACCCGCAGUUGGAGCAAUCGUACGCCGUAUAUAGAGAGCCGUACAGUUCACUUCCGCUCCUUGCCGCUUUGCUGGUGCAGUGUAUCGAUGUAUUGUAUUCGUAUUUAGUUCUGCCACGAUCUACCCUUCACUUCAUCAACAUAGCAGCCCCUUUGGUUCCGAUCGCCAUGCUGGUUGUGAUCAGCAUCGCCGAAAGUUUCAGCGGUAUGCUGCCCAAGUUUUUCGUGGACGUGAGCAAGCGGUUUAAUGACAUUACCUUCGUUCGCGAGCUGGCCGCCAUAAUUAUUGCACUCACCAUCGGCCUCAGUAAUGUCAUAGACAUGUUCUUCUUCGUCACCUUCGUGCGCACCGAGCAUAUUGUGAGUGAAAGCGAAUUCAAUGCCACGGCCGGCAUGGAGAACGAUGUGGACGUGGACGAGGAAGGGGUUGUCACCGCAGAGCACCUGCUGCCCGCAUCGUUCGUGGAACAAAUGCGUGAGGCAGUGCCCUCGGAACGAGUUCUAUAUCCGUCCUACUUGAGUAAUUUUGGAGUACUCAUAUUGAUUGCGAUCGCCGUGAUUGCUCAGCUUACGCAUCUUACGAAAAUCUUGCUACUAUUGUCCAUUGCAGCUCUGCAUUGUUACUUCAAUGUAUUUAUUAUGCAGGACCUAUAUGCCCUAGAGGAUGAUUUGGCACAUCAACCUAUCAUAUCUACGCGAUAUUGCGCUUCAGGACUUUUGUUAGUGGCGUCUCUGGCGUUAAGCACUUUGGCCAGACACAUGGACCACGAGGAUAGGGUUAUUUUCAAAUGGAAAACUGAGGUGGCCGAGCAGAAGGAGACUGCAAACGACAUGCGACAGCGCAACGAGGCUUUGGUUUAUAAUGUGUUACCUGUCCACGUGGCAGAGCAUUUCAUGAAGAACACCAAACGCUCCCACGAUGAUCUUUACUCUCAAAGUUAUGCUGAAGUCGGCGUUUUAUUUGCCAGUAUGCCAAACUUUUCGGAUUUCUAUUCCGAAGAGACGGUAAACAAUCAAGGCUUGGAGUGUCUACGUUUUCUAAAUGAGGUUAUUUCAGAUUUUGAUGCCUUGUUAGAGCUGCCCCAGUUCCAGGACAUCAUCAAAAUCAAAACCAUUGGCUCCACAUACAUGGCCGCCAGUGGAAUAAAUCUGCAAAGGAAUCUCCGGAACGACGCCCCCAUUACGGAACGAUGGUCCCACCUCGCAGUCUUGGUGGAGUUUGCACUGGAACUAAAGCACGCCCUGCAAAGUAUCAAUGAGCAGUCGUUCAAUCACUUCGUCCUUAAGAUGGGCAUCAAUCAUGGACCGAUAACGGCGGGAGUUAUUGGGGCCCGUAAGCCGCACUAUGACAUCUGGGGCAACACGGUGAACGUGGCAUCGCGCAUGGAGAGCACUGGCAAGGCGGGCGCCAUUCAGGUCACCGAGGAAACAUGCAAUAUUCUACAGCCGUUCGGUUACACAUUCCUGCAGCGCGGUCUGGUAGCUGUCAAAGGAAAGGGGCAGUUGAUGACCUACUAUUUGCAGGGUAAAUCCACGUCGAAAGCUGAGCCAGUAGCGCCUGCAGCCGUUGUGCUCCAUGGACAGGAAACAUCUGCUCUGGAAUCCACCACCGAACUGGAGGCCUCUGACAUUAAGAUGCCCCUGCUGAAGCAUAAGGUUCAGGAGGCAGCGGCGCCCUGUGAGGGAAUCGCCCAAGAACAGAGUUUGGGAAAUGGCAGUGCUGGCCAAGCGGGGGUGGGGGAAUCUCAAUCUUUGCUAGAAUAGUUAGCUAACUUGGAUAUUAUUUGCACCUAAGUCUGUAUGAAAGUGUAUCUAUGAGUAUGCAUGCGAGUGUAGCGUGGAUGUGUGUCUGUUAGAAAACAACUGUUAUGAAGCUGUUACUUGCUACUAAUUUGGUUUUGCCUCAGUAUUCGUGUGAUAUUCUAUGCCAGAAGCAGCAAUUUAUAAAAACAAAAAAAACAACAUUCCAAAAUUUAGUUAAAUUUAUAAAUUUGCGUUUCAAAAGUUUAUAAACUGUGUACCUAAAAAAAUAAAAUAUAACUAACUUUGACUUCGAAUAAGUAUUUUUGGUUAAGGUAAAUAAGUUUUUGUUGUAAACAAAAUUGUUAUAUUACUUUAAUAUAUAAGACAACCGUUUUGCUUUAAAAACUAAUUGAUGUGUAGUUUAGUAUGUCACAAAAUAACAAUUUUGCAUCUCAAUGUGUAAAAUAUGAAUAUGGGAAUACUUACAUAAAAAAAAAUUCCUAGUAUCAUGGUUAUAUGGACAGAAUAUUAGUUGAGAAUCCGAAUCCCACCACAAACAAAUGCAACCCACAAACUAGUCCAAAUAGCAAACGAAACUAACGAUAAUGAAUUAGUUAACAAACUUACUUAAAUAUAGAAAAUGAAAUAGAGAGUAAAAUAAUAUCCUUGGCAUGCGUUCUUGGACGCCAGCAUCCAAUAAAUAUAUACCUUAUAAAUAGAAAUAAAUAGAUGUAAACAAACUUAUAAAUGGCAUCGCAUGCUUAUUAGAAAAUUUCAACGAAUUAGCAAAGAAACAACAAACGAACUUACUUACCAAGCAUAACGAAAUUAAUAACUUAAGUAACUUGAUCUAAAAUCAGUUUAAUGCGUAUGUCCAUCAACCUCUACACUCCAUUCAUUUCAAUAUUUUGAUGGCUUAAAGCAUGACAAUCAAGACCAAUAAACGGUAUAAAUGAUUGGGUUAGCUGGAAUAAUAUUUAAUUCUUUCCACUGGCCAACUAAAACUAAAAAAAAGUUUCUGAAGUAAAGCUUAAUUAAAGAGUCAAGAUUUUUUGUAUAUCAUUUUGUUUUAAACACUGUUGUGUUUUGAGCUAUGACCAUUGAAACACAUUAAGGCAUUUGAAACUUUCUAUCAUUUGAAAAAAGAAAAUUUAAUUAUAAAUGAAAAACAAAAUACUAAAAAUUAGCAAAUUAUAGCGAAAU